AAUUUACUUCUGCCUGUUGUCAUCAAAGAGACAUGACACAUGACGGAAGCGGCGCCUGGAAGACAAAAUCUGGGGGAAAGUCCUUUUCUUAAUAUACAGCGACGGGACCCGCCAAAUUCUAAAGUGAAAACAGAGGCGUUUUGUCAACUGUACGUAUUGCACUUAAAGUGCUUUUUUCAGCGGUGAGUCACUAUCAGUCUUGCUAUAACCAAAUCCGACAUUUAUCUGUAUCUCAGGUGUAUAUGAAAAGUCCUUCUGUGGUUCGUUUAAAUCGCUAUUCACAACAUGAAGUCUGCGUUAAGACGCAAUUGAAACGCUACGUGCUGCUAAUUUAUCUAGCCGAGCUAGUGUGUAGCGUGGAGGCAAAGACGUUGAAAUAUAACAGCGGAAAGCGAAGCUGGGCGAAAUGGCGACGUGGAGCGACGUUGAACUUCUGACCAACGAAGACACAAGUACUGUCCGGUGUUUGGGUGGCGUGACACGGGAGGAAUGUGGCAGCGGCUUGUAUCAGGUGGACACACUGGUCAAAAUAUCCACUGCCAACGAGGUGCAGACAGAUCCCUGUCUCUCCUCAUGCAGUGGUUCAAACUGGAGCAUUGUUGUUGCUGACAAGACAGUCAUCCUGUUCGACCAGAGUUAUCAGACCAUCCAACUGCUUCUUCACUUUGAAACUGCUGUGGAUGCAAUUGACGUGUGUCUGGAAGGACAGUUUCUGGUGGUCUGUGAAAGAAACGGAAGCCUUCAUUUGAUCUAUGUUCCUCAAAAGAGAAUCCUUUUCACCAGGGCUCUGGUGGAGAAGCCCUCCAAUGGAAACAAGAAAACAUAUCGCUAUCUCAUUCUAGAGGAGGACAAGGCAUCUUUGGGGAUGUACCACGUGUUUCUUCUCAUUAAGGAUGGGUUUUUCCACAUUACAAACCUUGCAUUGGCAAAGAUCGAAACAGCCAUUGAAAAAAUGGAUGUGGGUGCCUUGAAAGAGCUUCAGUCUCUCAUCAAGAUAGACUUCUGCUCCACAAAGGAUUACCACGAUGAGGGCUGUAACACGGCAGUGAUGUUCAGGCUGCGCCAUGAAAUCCACUUAUUGAUUGGGGGGGAUAAAGACAAUGUUCUGACUCAGUGGACACUGGACCCUCGUCAGGCCAAGAUGUGUUUCGCUCAGUCUGUUGAUGACAGCUUAAUUCCAGGUGUAAGAAAGAUGGUGGUAGUUGAAAACCUCUUGUAUCUUCUUGACACGGAGGAUGUCCUGAGUCUGUGGGACCUGCACUUCCUCAUCAUGAUUCACUGUUGGCCAGAUCUUGCCAUUCAUGACUUUGAGCUCACCACAGAAUGUGGCUCUGCCUCCAUGGUGGCUCAAGACAAAGGCAGCAUGAAGAUGAUUGCACUGACCAAACAAGAUAACAGUCAGAUUAACUCACUGCAGAUCCGGUUUUUGCCCUCCAUGACUAUUUGCUACUCUCUGGAUGUCUCAUCAGUGUCUUGUCUUGUUCAGACAAACAUAACCAUGGACACAAUUUAUUUGGUUGAGGGCAUAUGUCUGAACCCAGAAAGUGAAAGAGAGACAACAUCGUCUGUUGUUGUCAGAUGCUUCACAGAGGCGUUGCCUGAAAACAGACUUAGCAGACUUCUUCACAAACACAUGUUUGAAGAAGCUGAAAAGUUUGCCAUCACAUUUGAGCUGGACGUAGAGCUUGUUUACAAGGUGAAGCUUGACUUUGUAUUGGAGCAGAUGGCCUCUGCAUCAGUGGGUGGAUAUGGACAGGACGUGUGGUCUGAACUUGUGGAUGAGGCCAAAACCAACCUGAUGAAGAUCACUGAUGAGCAGUAUGUGGUGGAGUACUGUCUCAAAGCUCCAUGGCCAACCUUUGACACAGCAGAGAAGAUGCUUAACCACGCUGCCACCAGAUAUUCCUCCCUACAGAUCCAAGAGGCAUUGGCCAGACUGGCAACAUUCUGUAGCCUGUACAGCCCGGAAAAUUUCAAUGGAAUUGCCUGGAUUGAGUUUCUGAACAGCACUGACAUUUUAGGAGACAUUUUGAUGCAUCUGAGAGAGGGAGACAUGAAGGGUGCGCAACUCCUUUGGCUCAGAUAUGAGGGACAUGUUGCAUUGGAGUUUGAUGAAGGCAGGCUUGAAGCUGUGCUCAGUGCCAUCCCAGAGGAAGUGCCAUCCCAACACCUGUGUCCUUGGUUUAGGACAGUUUUUGUUCCUUUUUUGAGGAGAGUGCUCCCAACAGGACAGAAGAUCCUUGCAAGAUGGAUAGAGCAGAGGGCAAGGAAUCUGGAGCUAACAGAAAAGGCUGCUUGGCCUCAGAACGGGUUGGACCUGGCAGUGCUUGGGUUGCCAUCUUUAUGGAAUAUUACAAAAUCUGAUAAUAAUUACGGAGCACAAGAGAUCGAGAGCCUCAAGUCCCUGGUGUCUAACCUCCGUCGACUGCUGGACCUUCACCAUAAAUACAGCUGCAGGCUUUCACUCUCGGUCUUUGAGAAGGGAAGCGUGCGGAGUGUUGCAUUCUUCAUGCUGGACAAAGUGCUGGCACCAGAGCUGAUCGCCACCACAGUGGAAAACAGCAUUCUGCCCUAUGCUGAAGAGCAUGAGAUUCCUCUUGAUGAACUGCUCCUACAAUAUAUCAAGGAUGUGCUGGCGCGCUGCAGUUCUCAGACCACAUCACUUUUCACUGAAUGGGAGGCCAAAGCGGUGGCUGUACUGAACUGCAUGGUGGAUACUGAUCUGAUGGUGGACGCUGUGCUGGAGAUCAUGCAGAAAGCUGUGGUACCCUGGAGUAAUGUGGUGGAAAAACUGGUGCAGCAGUAUCUUGGAAUGGACGGACCAAAACAAGAGCUUUUAAAGGAGAGCUACCGCCUGAUGGAGAUAAGGAAACUUCUCAGAGGCCACGGGAUCCGUAACUUCAACCUCUCAAACAGCACUCAAAUUAUGACAUUAAUUAGAUACAUCCUAAAGCAAGACUUGUCAACAUCUUUAGAAGACUCCCUGACACUUGCUGAAGCAUACAAACUACCAACCUCGCAGAUAAAUUACUUGUAUCUCAUCCAGCUGAUUGGCCUAGGCAAGGCUGAAGAAUGCAUGACUGUCCUGAAGAAGCUGACGUCUGAAGAGGCAGAAAGUGUGGUGGAACGUCUGACAUCGUGGGCCAGGCUGCAGCUGGAGGACAAAGUCCAUAUAUCCGAUGAGCACAAGAAGCAUCAGAUGGUCGUAGCUCAGGUGAUGGUGGAGUCUUUAAAAUACCUGCUCAUAAUCCAAAAACAUGAUGCACUCAAAAGCAUGGAGCGUGAGAACAACCUCAGCAUGUUCAAAGCAAUAGCCCACCUUCAGGAAGACUUUGAUGUUUUCUUCACCCCCUCCAACUACGAGGAUCCAAACAUUAGAAAACAGAUCCAGGAGCAUCACAUCACCGCCUAUGAAAACACACAUGGCCGCCACUUAUCUAAGAGGAAGACUGUGCCAACUCCAGUCGUGGCUAAUGAUCCAGAUGGCAAAACAAAAACUAUUUCCACUGAGGCUGGUUUACGUCGUCUUGGAAGACAGCUGCAGCGCACAGAACAGGAACUCUGGUCUGACUUGGCUCUGCGAGCUUUGGGAGUGGGCAAAGUGGGCAAGGCCAUCAAGAUCCUCAGUGAGUUGUAUGAGCACCACUAUGACACCAACACAGGGAGAGUUUUGUUCACUGCUGCCAAGACAUUAUGCCAGAUGCUGGAGGCAGAUGUGCCCAUGGUGCUUCCCGAUAACAUGGACUUGCCAGCAGUCAUCCAUGAUCUGGCCUGCCAGGCCAUCACUUUGUGCCACUCAGAUUUGCUCCUGGACUGUCUGGAGCUUUGCAAGUGCACACGGAUAGCCAUGGAUGUCUAUCAUCAGUGUCAGUUAUCAGAAAACUAUGGCUUUUUAGCUAAGGAUUUGGCUGAGGAGGCAGAAAAAGGUCCAUAUUCUCAAUGGAGUUUCCAGGAUGUUUUCAAUGAAGAUUGCAUUGUUCUGGACCCAGUGUCUGUUCUCCCUGUCCAGUAUGAAAUUACCAACUGCAUGCUUCCUAUUUCUCGGGAUACCAAACUAUACCCACUGGACUGCUCCUGCCUGUCACACUGCUCAUUUGAAGAUGGUUCAAACUAUCUGCGGCCCCUCCUGGGUCCCUUGGCCAACAUGUUACAGAUGUUGCAGGAGUGCAGUCAGCUGGAGCUGGCCCUCAGAGUACUGGUCAAUGCCUAUGGAAGCUGUCUGCAGCAUGUCACCUCUAAUGUUAUGGACAUUAAGCUAAGUGUACAGCUUUAUGACACUCAAGAGCUGAAGAAGUACAACAUAUGCCUGAAUGAUCUCCAGAAGUCGACAACAUCCAGUCUACAUGCUGUGGCCGUGGCCCUUUUAAACAAGGUGUUCAACUGGAGAGUGGUCGAUUGUGAUCUGGCCAUUGGGCUCUGUAUGCUUCUCUCCAAAGCUGAAGUCUUUAAAAUACUGUGGAAAGUUAUUGACAACACCUGGCAAAACUAUGACAAAAUCUUGGCUGUGGCCAAAAUCGGGGCAAAUCUCUGCUGCUUGUACAAUGAGGCGGCGGAACAAGAGAAGUUUCUCUCUGUCAUCACUGACGCUGAGUGGGGCAUUACGCUUGGAAAAUUGGAGAUUUCCAUCCAGCCAGUGUUCCGUCAGCAGUCUGAGAUGAAGCGUAGUCUCAUCCCAGUGCUGGUGAAGAACAGGAGGAUCACCCCAGACCUUAUUCUCCAGUACUGCAGCACUUUUGGUUUGGACCGUGACAGUGUUAUCAACCAGUACAUUACCACUUUACUGCUGCUACAAGAGGAUGAGGAAGGUGCCAGUGACCCAGGUACAGGACAGGAGGAGGUGCAGCCUCUGAGUCCUGCAGAUGCACUGGAGCGAGUCCUGCAGAUCAUCCCAAUGUUGCACAGCACCAGCGAACUCACUGAAGGGCUCUGUGCUGCACUUUUCAAGCUCAGCCCUUAUAACUAUGAGACAAUUGAAGUAGUGCUGAAGAUCAUACAGGCUGCUGAUGGCAAUGUGACCAGUUUCUCUAUAAGUCAGGCAAUGGCCCUCCUUCAGCACCUGAAAUCCUACACACGAGUCUCCCCCCCAUCAGAUGUGGAGAACACAUAUUUCCUGGAAAACAACCUCCUGCCAAACCACCUGUCAAACAGCAGACUGCCCUUCCACCUGCUGAUGCAGAGCAAACAUUACUGGAAGAUUAUCUCUCCUGAGCUCAAUGAGGAGACCUUUCCCACACUACUUCUAAUUAGCAAACUGAUGAAGGUGAGCAUUGACAAGUUACACAUGUCGGCGGCGAACCAUGUGUUUGAAAAGAAGAUGAAGCCUCUUCUCUUAGAGCAAAGGAAAAAAGGUCAAAGUCAAGGCCACGAGAAGGAGACUUUCAUGGUGGCCAAGACCAUGAUGGAGUACAUCCACUGCAUCCAGAGCCCAGAGUGGGCAGCUGCCACAGCCCACAAGAUCACACAGGAACUGCCACCAGGCAAAGAGAAGACUCAGUCGCUGAGGUUCUGUUUGGGUCUUGGAGAAGCAUGGCUGAAAGAUCCAAACCUUGAGGAGGCGGCGAGGGCCAGAGGGGAGACCUUUCUCUCCAAGCUGAAGCUGCAGUUCCAGCGUUCAGCGACAGAGAAUAUGUUGAUCGCCAGCCAGCUGAACAGCCCGGAGCAUCUGAAACUGGCAGGAAUGCCAGCCAGACUCAUAGUGGCCCUGUACGAGCACAGCAGCGUGGAGCAGCGCUACAGAGAGUCAGGAGGUCAAAUAUAUCCUGAUAUCCACGCUGUGGUUAAAGAAACGGCCGCAGUCAACAACGUGGAUCUCCUAAAAAUUCGAAACAUGCUGUUGGAAAAGUGGAUCUGUAAAACAGGCCCUGCUGUUACCAAGGAGAUCAUUAAUCAUGAACGUAUCAGCAACAUUGAGGAGGACCCUGACUUAAUGAGGGCCGUGUACAUGCUGCAGUCUUACACCGUGGAUGAAGCGUUCCGUCUCCUAAAUCCUAUCCUGUCAGCUGAAACCUGGCCCCUCAGCAGUGCUGGACCUCGUCUGACCUUCUGCCACCGGACUCGAGCGCUGCUUUGUCUUGUUCGCCUCGUUGAUGCAGAUACUCUGGAGACUCAGCUUGAGAUCCCCAGGACCAAAAUCCAAUAUUACGUGAAGUGCUACAUAUUUGUCUCUCAGCUGGAGGCAUUAAACAUCCCCUACACGGUGCGGUCCUUCCUCAGUAGUCCCAAAGAGGGUUUGAUCAAAGGGCUGUGGAAGAAUCACAGCCAUGAGCCGCAGGCAGUGCGGUUGGUGGCAGACCUGUGUUUGGAGUAUCAGGUGUAUGACCCUCAGCUGUGGAACAGUCUGCUUCAGAAGCUCCUCAGCUUCAACUUGAUCAGCCACCUCCAGAAGGUGCUCGAGGCAGUAGUAGCUGUGCCCGUUCUGUGGGAGAUCACUAGUUUCUCCAGGACCUGGAGGAGUAUGAUACUGGCACCUUUUGUCUCAGCUUCUGUUCCUCUGAGUCCUGAUCAACAGGCAACACUCUACAGGACCUUUGUUCUCCUUCUCAAGUGUCCCUUCCUGUUGAAUCUGGACCUGAUUGGAAUUGCCAAUCGUUUUGCUCAGUUUAAUCUGCCUGCUUUUGCCUUGGGAACUCUCCUCCUCAUCCCCUGUGCCAAUAAAAAUGCUCAGCAGAUCCAGGGUUUUCUGUCCGUCUGCAACCCACUCACUGUGCUCGAGCAGGUGGAUGAACUUAUGAACACCGGUGAACUGGCUGGAAUCCCUUCACAGGUUCGGGACACUGUAUUAACAUUCAUCACCCAAAAUGGGCAGCAUCAGAAACUGUUGAAGACCAAACACUUUAAGCAUCUGAAGCAACUCAUGGUGUCAAGUGGGCAACCCAACCAGAUUAAAGACCUGGUGGACUAUCUGAUCAGCCAGAACUGCCAGGAUGACGCCGAUUCACUCGUCCGUGACUAUCUGAAACUCAGAGAGCAUCAAAGAGGGAAGUCGCUGAUGGACGGCUCACCUUCACCAAGCUACCUGAAGGAGUUUCUCAACAUGCAGAAUGGAGUUUCAGGAUGAGCAGACACUAUUAUUCUUUCAAAUUCUCUGUAUUUAUAUGAUCUUUCUCAGUUCACCUUGGGCUAAGAAGCAAUAUUUGCACUUAACAUUUAUCUUCCAAUUGUUCAUGUAAUGUUUGAAUAAAUGCUUCUCAUUACCUUGAAUCUGUGAAUUCUUGAAGAAAAAAAUUAGUUCAGAAGCCGCAAAAUGAAAAUUCCAGUUACUUACAGUUAAGAGAUUUCUUACUGUAACAUAAAGAAAUAACUCAAACAUAUCACAAGAUAUGUGGGAAGAAAUAUAUUUUUCAUUUCAUUUACAAAAUAAGCUCCAGGAAUGCCAAUAAUAUUCCAAUAUAAGGCCUGAGCACUCAUACAGUGGUGUGAGGACCCUAAAUAUUUGUCAAAAGGUGGAGCCCUGUCAUGGGUAAACUAUUAUGAGGAACCCCAGCAUAUAUUCUCAAUCUAAUCAUUUUUUUUUCCACAUUUAUCCCCCCCUUUUCCACUUUUAUUGUUUUUUUAAUUUCAUGAUGCCUAUGUGAGUAUCACUUGCUGUUCUAAGUCAACAGCUGAUGUAAACAUGUUGUAUAUGACUCUGAUAAACUGCAUUAAAAACAAAAUCCACUUUUGUUUCCUUGACAUCCACCACCUCAAGAUCCUGCUCCAUGCUCACACAUUGUGACAUAUUCAUGUGCUCAGUGUCUCCUGGUUCCAUGUCUCAAAAAAGCCUUUUAUUUGAUUCAACUGUAAAGAGAGUGAAGGUCAGUGAACUUUCAUACUUCAGUGUGUAAAAGACCUGUGAAUAAAACUCGGGAAAGUGAAAA